AUGUUAUCGUGGGGAUGGCCAACCCGCAGGUGGCAGAGAGUUCACCUGGAUUUUGCCUACUACAAGAACGACUGGUUUUUAGUGCUUGUCGAUGCGCACUCCAAGUGGGUGGAUGUUCUGCACAUGAAGUCCACUACAGCACAGGCGACAGUUGAAAAACUCCGCACUGAAUUUGCUGCAUUUGGGCUUCCCGAGAGAAUUGUGACUGACCAUGGGCCGCAAUUUGUGUCUGCUGAAUUCACAAAUUUUCUCAACUCCAUUGCAGUGCAGCACACCAAGACACCACCUUACCACCCAGCUUCAAAUGGCACAGCGGAGAGGCUUGUCCAGACCGUCAAGCGAAGCUUCAUCAAACAGCUACGGGACGAGCAGUUCACGGGAGUGACUCGGACGAUGCAACAUCGGGUAGACCAGUUCCUGUUCACCUACCGAAACACACCGUGUUCGACGACUGGUAAGACGCCAGCCUAA